CGCGCCCGGGUUCCAUGUUUGUAUCCGCCUCGCGGGGAGGAAACUCCAUGUUGUAACAAAGUUUCCUCCGUGCCCCCUCCCUCCCCCCCCGUUUUUUCUCCCUCCCCCCGGAGCCUCCCCCCUCCUCCUUAUUUCCUGGGGAUCCCUUCCUCCCUCCAUUUCCCCUCCCCCCCCGCGCCCCCAUUCCGGCCCGAGCUGGGGGGGGGGCCGGGCGCCGGGGGCAGAGUCCGGCCCGAGCCCGCCUGGCCCCAUGGACAGCUCGGCCGUCAUCACUCAGAUUAGCAAGGAAGAGGCGCUGAGCCCGCUGCGGGGGAAAGGUGAUCAGCCGCCGCCGCCACCUUCAAAGAAACCCCGGGGCCGAAGAAUCUUCCAUUCCCUGUUUUGCUGCCUGUGUCAUGAUGACGCGGAACCUGUGGCCAUUAACAAUAAUGCCCCGCUACUGGUGGAAGAAAAUGGGACCGUUCCCAAGGCACCCGUUAAAUACCUGCUUCCUGAGGCCAAAGCCCAGGACUUGGGCAAAAUCUGUGUGGUCAUCGACCUGGAUGAGACGUUGGUGCAUAGUUCAUUUAAGCCCGUGAGCAAUGCAGACUUCAUCAUCCCUGUGGAGAUUGAUGGAAUGGUUCACCAGGUCUAUGUGCUGAAACGGCCCCAUGUGGACGAGUUCCUGCAGCGGAUGGGGGAGUUGUUUGAGUGUGUGCUUUUCACAGCCAGCCUGGCCAAGUAUGCAGACCCUGUUGCUGACUUGUUGGACAAGUGGGGGUCAUUUCGAGCUCGGCUCUUCCGAGAGUCCUGUGUCUUCCACCGAGGGAACUAUGUCAAGGAUCUGAGCCGCCUGGGUCGGGACCUUCGGAGAGUACUCAUCCUGGACAAUUCUCCUGCCUCCUAUGUCUUCCAUCCAGACAAUGCUGUACCCGUGGCCUCGUGGUUUGACAAUAUGGGCGACACAGAACUUCAGGACCUCCUUCCUUUCUUUGAACGGCUCAGCCGUGUCGAUGACAUCUACUCGGUGCUCAAACAGCAGAGGACUGAGAGCUAGUGAGGUGGGGGGCUGGUGCCCCGCCUGGUCUCCCAGCUUGGGUCGAAGAGCCAGGUCUGGCCAGGCAUGCAUCCACCCCACCCCUGACCCUCCACUUCAGCACUCUGGAAGCCAGCUCUCUUCUUCACACUUGAACUUCCAGUCACCAUCUUCCUUUUUUCUUUUAAAGAAACAAAUCCGAUUUUAAAAUUCAGUGCCAUGGGGAAGGACUCUGUCCCCUUUCCACCAGCAGCCAGCCCAGCUCACCUCCGCAGACCCAGAAUGGAAGGAGUGGAUGAGGGGGAAUUGGAGAGAUAAAGGGGCAGCAAGAAAGACUGGAGGUGGCCUCGGGCUUCAGGCUUUCCCGCUCUGGCUGACUCCCUCUGCAUCUGGCUGGGUCCUUUAGCGCCAAGCAUCAGUGCCUUAGAUGCCCUUCUGCCUCAGAAAUGGAACUUUGGAGGGGGCUUAAGGUUCAAGGAGAGGACUCUCAACCUCUCUGUUCCUCCCUUCCAGUGUUGCCAAGUUUCUCUGCUGCCAAAUCUGGGGACCCUUCUUAGGGUGGUAGGGAAGGGCAGAAGAGGGGGGUUGUCCGUGUUUCAGCUUUCUGGGACACAGUGCCUCACCCCCACUUAACUCCCGCUCCCACCUCCACCCCAGCCUGGCCUCCCUCAGGAGGCAAGGUCGGAUGCUAAGUGCCUUGUUCAGAGAGCCCCUCCUCCCUAGAGGUUGGAGGUGCAAGGAUGCCCCCAAAGGAGGUUUCUUCCCAAAAACAGUCCAGUUGAGAAGGUAGGAGAAGUUUGGCUUAAUAUCCCUCCCUUCCAGCUCCCACACCUAUCCUCUGAAAUGGAGUCUUUCCUCUUACAAUUAGUGCCUCUUAAGAAGGGGAGGGUGACUGUUACAGGUGGGGACACUGAGGCAUGGCAAAGAAAAGUCUACUGCUCUAGACCUGCAUAGGACCCAUGAAUACUGCCCUUGACCCCUAGGGUCUGUAGGGGAUGGGCUAGGGGACAAAUGAGGGAAGCCCCUCAGUAAUGUAACCUUCUCAGUCUUGGGGGGGCCUCAAUGCCCCCCCAGCAAUUUCUGCCUUCCUUGUACCAUUAUCCCUACACAAACACAUGCGUGCACACACACACAUACACACACAUACACACAAACCCUUUUCAUCACAUCUGCCUUAACCAUUAAUGUCCCGGGCCAAAUGUGCAACCAUUUGGGUGUGACUAGCCCUUUCAGUCCCCAAAUGGGGUCUGGGGGAGGGGAGGAGGAGGGGCUGGGGACCAGGGCUCCCAGCCCCCAUUGUGCCAUAUAAAUAUGUAUAUGUGUAUAUAGAUUUUUAGAGGAAAGGGGCAGGGAUGCUGAAAGGGUGGGAAGACACUCCUUGUCCCUCUUUGGGGCCCAAGACCUGAGGGGGAAGGAGGGUGGGAUGGGAAAGGAUUUUUACAUUUUUUAAACUCUUAUUUUCUGAAAGGAGCAAGUGAACCUAGGGGAUGCCAGUUCCUCAGUCCCUUGCUUCACUGCUGCUUCAGCCCCACCAGUCCUGGAGCUAUCUGGUGUGCCCGUAGUUUCCCCAUAUUCCCUGGUGGUUAAUUUGGCUUAAGGAUUUGGUUGCAAUGCCCGAGUCAGGUGGAGCUGAGGGGCUCUGGGACCUCCUGUCCCCUCCAAGCAUCCCCAUCUUAAAAUAGAGGUGGGAGGUGGAGGGUACAGUCCAUGCCUCAACUCAGUGCCUGUUCCGGUCUUUCCACUCUCCAUCCUACCCCCUGCUUUGGGUCUGGUUUAAGGUGACUCAUGGGAGACCCCCUUACACCCAGGGGUGAUUUCUUCCCCCUGCAGACUCCAGGUCCCAACAUUAUGCCACAGGCUUAUUAGGAAGUAAAGAGUUCUGGUGGCCAAGCCAAGCUCUUUUGGUUUGAUUUGGCCUUUUUUCCUAGUGCCAACCCAAGCCACACAGUCCUUCUCCCCUACUCCUCCAUGUUCGCUCAUUGGGGGACAGCUCCCAGGAAACUAGAGCCUGGGUCCCCUCUUUUCCACCCUCAUCCCCUGGUUCUAAGGUGCCCUGAAGGUUGGCCCUGUGACCCUUUCCAUUGCCUAAUUAUUGGAAUCCCAGUGCCAAGAGGGAGUCAGGGAGGUACUACAUAUCAGAGUAUUAUUCUUAAAUCAAACAAGGAGCUAGGGUGGGAUUGGGGAAUAGUGGGCAGGGUUGGUGUAAGACAAAGCUCCGUAUAAGUGCCUUUUGUGGGACCCUGGUCUGAUAGGAGUCCCUCCGGUGAUAAAGAGAAAACCAGACCCCUCCCAAUCAA